AUGUUCCGAUGUAUGUUAAACAUGUUCAACGCCCCCUGUCUCCGAUGUAUCAUCAACCCCUACCCGAAAACAAACAACAGCAAUGCUGGUGCGGAGGCCGCGCAACGCCAUGCGCUAGCCCUGAGGUGUCGAGAGUGGGAAGGCCGUGACGGAGGCGUGUUUGCCGGAGGGGACCGGCCGGGGGGUGACGCGGGACCUGGUGCUGGUUCUAAUUCGGGCUUGUUGAACCCGUCGAGUGCUGUCGUCGCGGCGAAGAGGGCGGCGGUGCCGUGCCUGCGUAACCUGGCCAGCUUCGUGUCCAACCAGGGGAGACAUGUGGACGCAGAAGUGGUUUUGCGCACCGUGCUCAACAUCCUCCGAGACUACAAGCGACAGCUCAGCAGCCAGCAUCAUGACGGCAAGGGCAAGCGCGAAGCCGAUGCACCUCUACUAGACGGCGGGGGAGGCUUCGGAACCGACUCGGCCUCCUUCACCCCGUCGUCUUUUGAAGAGAAGCGAUCGGACGAAGCGCAAGCGGACGCUGGCUCACCGGCGCCGUCGCCAACGCCCGACACCCGCAACGGCGGUACCAGGAACGGCAGCCCCGCAGCGCAUCCGACUACAGAACCUCCUCCGCUGUCCGCGGUGCCCGAGACAGGCAUCGCUGGGGGGGACGAAAGCCUUGGUAGGGAUGGCUCUACGGCCAACACCACCACCGGGGGUGACGCAUACGAGAGUGGGGACCCCCCGGCGGGUUCGCGUCCAAGCGCCGAGACCGCGGGCGGCGGCAGCGGCGGCGGGGUCGGCGGCGGGGUCGGCGGCGACAAUCUCAGGAGCCACGCUGCACAGGCUACGGCCGCGCUGGCGGAGGAAACGGUGGCGUCGGCGAUGGUGGCGGCCACGAGAGCUGUCGCCGUGAUGGGAGAGACGGCGGCUACGCUGGAGCCUUCCUCCCUCGUCGUCAACCACAACCGCGCGACCAGGAGCGAUGCCUCCCCGGCCCCCCCGCCACCGUCCCCCGUCCCCCUGAUGAAGCAGGCCAGCGCCGGCCCGACGGCAGGGAGGCGCGGCGGCAGGCUGGAGGAGAGCAGGCUGCCGGGCAUGAAAUUUGGCCGGGGUGAGAGCGGUGGCGACGAGCGGGGCUUGGAGGAUGUCGAAGGAGGGGAGGACGAGGAACCGGAUCAGAUGGCGGCGGUGACAAGACACCACCUUGCGGUCGUCAUUCACGCGCAGGGUCGAGCGAAAGAGGCCGAGCAGCUCCUGGAGGAUAGCCUCCGCGUCCUCAAGCGGAGAAAGCCGCCUCAGGCGGUGUGUGUCGCCCAAGCGAUGCACGACCUGGCAGGGAUCGUCCGCCCGGCAGACCCCGCCCGGGCGUGCACCCUCUACCGCCAGGCCCUCAAGACCCUCGAGGACGCCCGCGGCGUCAACCACUUCCUGACGGCCCCGACGCUGGCCAAGCUGGGGGCUCUCCUGGGGGAGAGCCUGGUGGCCGCGGCGGACAUCCCCAUAACGCCCGCCCAGCCCGCGGGCCCCGGCUGCGCCGGCAUCCAGCGGAGCGCGGGGCUUGCGGAGGCCGUGUGCGCCAGCGCCGGGUGCGGCGUUGAAGACGGCUCGGCGGUGGCGGCGGCGGCCGGGGUCGACUGGGACCCCAAGAAGGCGGAGGAGAUGAUCAAGCGGGCGGUGCUGAUCCAGGGGAGGCACCUCGGGCUUCGGCACCCGGCGGUGGCGUCGAGCAUGCGCGCGAUGGCGGAGCUCUACCGCAGGCAGGGGAGGCUGGCGGAGGCGGAGCCGCUCUUCAGGAGGGCGAUCGGGAUCUGGGAGUUGUCGCGGGGCGGGGGGGGAAUGGACUCCGACGCCAUCGCCGCGUUGCACGGAACCGCGCACUGCGUGCUGGCCGGCGCGGGGGCGGACUGGCUCGGCAGGUUCGAGGAGGCGUUUGCCCUGGUCGAUCAGGCCUACCGCAUCGCCUCGUCGCACCCCGGGAACGACGCCUCUUCGCGUCUCCUCCUGGAAGCCUUGCGCAUGAUACGCUCGCGCCAGAGGCAGGGUCGCGGAGACCCUCAGCCCGCCUCCGCCGCGAUCAUGGAAGGCGUUUGGACCGGUCGUUGGGAUCCCGCCAAGAACGAUGGCACCAGCGGCGGCGGCGCCACGCAAGGGCGGCACGUCAGGAGCCGCAGCAACGGCGAUGGCAACCCGCGCUGCGCCGUGUGCCUCGAGGAGGUUGGCGGGGGGGAGCCGACCGUCGACGGUGGUGCUCUCGGGCGGGAGGGGGGCGGGGGUGCGGCUGCUGCUGCUGCUGAUUGGACGGCGGACAUCGGGUCGGAGGAGGGUCUCCGCGCCGAGACGGCGGAGAGUGUCCACGCGAGCGGGAGCUUUGCGUACCUCCCCUGCGGGCACCGCUUCCACACGCACUGCAUCGGGCGCUGGCUGGCACACAGCUCGUCCUGCCCGUCUUGCCGCAGCCAAGUGGAAGAGGAAACCAUCCCAACCGCCGUUGCCAUGGACGCCACCGCUCCUCCGUCGCCGCCGGAUGAGGCAAGAGGACACGGGGCGCGAGCAGUCGGCGGCUCUCGUGUCGCCGCCUCGCGAAACAGACUGUCCACACCGGAGGCGGAGGCGGCGGAAGUCGCGGACUCUGUCCUGACGGCAGCGGCCAACUCUGUCUUGACGGCAGCCACGCGCGGCGUCGCCGGUCAGGCCCAGCGUGGGGGCGACGCAAAUGGUCGCGUGGGGUUCGUCGGGGUGAAUAGGCGAGGGGGGGGGGGUGCCGCCGCCGGCGGUGGAGGGAGCUCCGCGGUUGCUGUGGAAGAACGCGCGCCCUUUUGCUGAGCCGCAACACGUGGCAAUCAAUGACUUUGGGUGGUUGAGUCCCAGAGUUUUUCUUUUUUCUCGUCGAGUGGUUAAAGCUUUCAUGGUCGUUGUGGAGCCGUGGUGGAUACCAUUCGUUGACAGUCGGGGGUGGUUAGCAAGGGUAAGGGGGAGUGCGGGUAUAGGAAGGAGAAUUCCAUGUAUUGUUCGCGGCCGGGGUGACUAUUUUGUGGUGGUGGUUGUGAGACUGGAGAAAGCGGCAGGGAGAAUGAAUGAAUGUAUUUUCGAGGUGCGAUUUGGAGGUGGGACGGACGGGUGGGGGGGGGGGAAAUUAUGUAUUUUCGAGUGCGCAUUCUCAGCAUAAUUAAUUAAUUGUUUUCGUUUCGGUGAGCAAAAACAACGCCUUUCUCUGCGUGUGUUUACGUGUGUGUGUAUGCGUGUGUGUAUGUCCGGCAAGCGCAGCUCGGACGCUUCCCGCCUUGUUGGAAAAACCGGCGUAUUGCACCCCUUCCUCCUGUCUGGUUCCCAUUUCCCCUACCGCGCGUUUAUGUAUGUUCCAAGCACGGGGAGCGCGCUAUUUUUGGAGCGGAACGUAAAUUGGAGUGUGGAGGAUGUAACAGACACAAUGUUUGGGCACGCACGUGAGUACGUUAAGUAUCAGUGGGUUUUUGAUGUUAAGGGCGAGUGUGCAAGUACAGGCGCGCGUUCUGCGAUGCCAUUUUUUUUUUUGCUUCAAGAUUCGCUGUGUUUGCUAUUGUCGUGCAUGUUCUGUGUUGUACGUAGAGCCCACCAGGUUUCCUCACGCGCAAGUUUUUUUUUUUGUUUCAUCGUCUCUAUGCGUAGUGUGCUGUGUGAGGCGCGCGGUGAGAGCCUGCCUGUCGAUAUUACAUUCCGUCGUGAUUUGAUCGAGCUGUUGUUUGGGCGUGAGAGAGGGAGAGAGUUAAGUGCAGUCAUUCCAUCGGUAAAACAAGCAAGCGCGGACGCGCGCGCUGUUGCUCUCACGGUAUGUAUUGGUUUCCGCUUUUUAGUCCGUGUCUGGAUUCGAAGCCGUGUUACUAUAGUAUGUUGUCCCUCCUGCUCAGGGGUGUGCAUUUUUUUUUUUAGUGAAUAACGUGACCGCAGUGAGCGAACUACACCAACCAGCCAAUGUUUUUGUGGAGUACCACGACGUCGAUACUUCGUGUUGUUAAAAUAUGUAGUAUGUCGAAUGCGAAGAUGCCGUUUUUAUUCCCAAACUUGCAGGAGUCCUGUACGCAGUCCAGGGCCUGAAGGUUUUCCGCCAGGGGGAAGGAAGAAGGAAGCGUUUUGAUAAAGAAGCUGCUUGCUGUCGAUAAAACUCCGCGCGCGAAACAUUUUUAUUCAGGGUGGUAUGUAAAGUAGUGGUCGAUUUUGGGGGGUGGGGGAUGGGCAUACUGACAAAACAAAUAAAGCUGGUGUCGUAUGAUGCAUGGCAUACUACGUUUCUUUUUUAUUCGAAGUUGGAAAGCUUGGGUGGGUCGUGAGCUGCCGUUGAAUUGUUUGCGUUUUCGACCUCCCGCAAGAAAGGAAGGGUUCGAUCAGCGUCCACUGGUCCACGAGGUCGAUUUGGAUCGUCAACCAAACACCAAGAAGCUGCGACUAUUAUCAUUGUAACUUCGAUUUCCAUUUUGAGCGUCCCCUUUUUUUAUUUUUGUCGGGGGUCGCCCAUUCAAUUCCUGUCUGUCUCUGUUUGUUGGAGAAAGUCCCAAUCAGUGUAGAGUCGACAUGAUGGUUGGCGAAAUUUUCGCUUUUUUUCUUUUUUAACGAGAAAUGAUGCCGAGCAAUGUGGGAGAGGAGGACAUCGGUGAUGUUGUAUGUGUGUCAGCCGAAGACUUGGGUGCUACAGCGUGCCGAAAAAAGAAUAUCCUGACUUUUUUUCGUGAUCUGUUUGAAUUUUGUUGUUCUAU